CGACAAGCGCAACACAGUCAUCGUCCUGCUAUCAAUCAUGACAGAGCCGAAACUCGACCUCUCCAGCGCUCCGGCCCACUGGGGCAUGAAUUUCACAAAAUCAACCCAUACCCAACCCGCCGAACACAUCAAUCCCGCAAACGUUUCCCUGCCUCCCGGCAACGUCAUCCUCACUUCCCGGACAAGACGAGAUCUAGAACAAGCCCGGUCAGAACUCGAGUGUUUGGCAAAGCAGAAUGGCGGACGCAGCGUGAAAGUCGCCAUCGUGGCGCAGGAUGCUGCAAAAGCAGAGAGUUACGCAGACCUCCACGACUUGAUCCAAAAGGAUUUCGACGGCCGCCUCGACUGCCUCGUCUGCAACGCCGGAGGCGGCCCGGUGAAGUCGCUUUUGACACCGCAGAUCAAGGACACCGAUACGAGCGAGUGGGAUCAGUCGUUUGCGAUCAAUUUCACAGGGGCGUACUACGCGGCCAAGCACCUCAUGCCCCUCCUGCUCGGUCCGCAGAGCGUCGGCAAGACAAUCAUCAACAUCGGCUCUGCGGCAGCGCAUUUCGCCGGUGGCGGCGUGGCGCCGGCUUGUUAUUCCAUGAGCAAGCUGGCUUUGAUUCGUUUCACGGAGAUAUUGGCGGCAGAUCAUGCCGGGCAAGGGGUGGUGGCGGCUACGUUGCACCCGGGCUCUGUGCCUACCCCCGGUGCAUUGGAACUCAUGCCACCAUCAUUGCACGAGAGUAA